UACGGUGAUUUGAACAUGACCCGUAACCCUUCCCCUAUCCAAUAAGAGCCCAAAACCCUUCCAUAGAACCGAACACUCUUCCGUACAUACAAAUUUCUUCGUAGUUAUAACCCCAAUCGAAAUAAACCAGAAACAGUAGGCUCGUUUUAGUAAAGGCACAUUCAUUAGAGAUAGAGAAGUAUGGGGUUUACUCAGAUUGAUGCAAACCUCGACAAUUUCUCCACCUCGUUCAAAUCCAUUGAAGAGGGCAAGGAUCGAAUCACGCUGCUGCUGUUUUUGGCCGACAAAGAUCCUUCUUCUGGCCUUAGCUGGUGUCCAGAUUGUGUUAGGGCGGAGCCUGUGAUUUAUAAAACCCUAGAAAAGUCUGAGAAAGAUGUAAUUCUGCUGCGGGCUUUUGCCGGGAACAGGCCCACGUGGCGGAAUCCUAGCCAUCCGUGGAGGGCUGACGAACGGUUUAAAUUGAAGGGUUUACCUACACUUGCCCGCUGGAAAGAUGGAGCCAUUGCAGGGCGUCUGGAGGACCAUGAGGCGCACAUUGAUUCGCGAAUUGAAAAGCUGCUUGAUUAAGGUUUAUUUUUAAAUGUUGCCAGACAUCCAAUAAUUGCUCUUGUGCAAGAUGUUAUCAUUGCUCCUCAAGAUGUUAUCAUUGUGUUAGUCUAAAUUUUUAUAAAUUCUAGUACCGUGGCUCUCGCUACAAGAGCACAAAUUCACUUCUCUAGGAAGAUUAAAAUUCAGUAUUUUGAAGUCUGAGAUGCAAGUAGGUUUUUGUGGCUCUCGCUACGAGAGCACAAAUUCACUUCUUUAGGAAGAUUAAAAUUCAGUAUUUUGAAGUCUGAGAUGCAAGUAGGUUUUUGUGGCUCUCGCUACGAGAGCACAAAUUCACUUCUUUACGAAGAUUAAAAUUCAGUGUUUUGAA